CUGCGAUUUCGCGGUCUUUCUUAAUUGUUUACAAUCUGGCACGACAAACAGCUCGUAGUGUGGAAUCGAAUUGUUUGAGAUUUACGCCAACUGACACAAAAAAUGGAUACCAAUCCUGCACCGAAGAAGCAAAAGAAGGAACAAUUGGAAGUAAAGGUGUUAGACGAGGGACUCACACCUACUGGACCGUCCAGCAUGCCGUCACCACAGCGUGUACCAUCACCGCAACCUGGACGGUCAGGGUAUCCCGCAUCUCCUCGUCCAAACAUUGCACCCAAUGUAACGGCAAGGGCAAUCAAGCGGCGUAGGCUAAUAGUCAGUCGUGCUCUCCACGAGGAACUGAUGGAAUCGUUGCGGGCGUUUCAAAGUGCCACAACAGAGAUGCUUAACCGAUUGAAACGACCAACUGACCCAGUCGAUGCUGAGCUGUCGGGGAUGGGCCACGUGAUCCGGAAUUGGUCACCAGAACGUCGCAGACGGUGUUUGAUACGGAUGCAAAGAAUAGUUAUCGAGGAAGAAGUGGAUCAUUUUGAAAAAAAAUAUGGACGGAAAAUCAUCGAGGUGAAAAAGGUUACCUAGAGCAGUACUUUCUUCGGAUCUGAUAUUAUUUCAUUUGAAUUUAAGUGCGUUAUUAAUAAUUUGCAACUUUUGUGAUGUUGAAUGUAAUAGAACUAAACUAAACGAUAUCCUUGAAAUAUAUAUAAAUGAAUUAUAAAAUACUGCACAACCACAAUACCCCUUUACGAACAAUGUCGUUGAACUCGUCACUGUAGCUAGAGGCAGACCGUAUCGUUCAAAGAACUGCCUUCUCUCUCGAUCAACUUGGUGUAUCGCUAGUUUUUCUGCAGAAAUAUACAACAUAAAAUAAA